AUGGUACGACUUUAUGAAAAUAAACAACAUGGUUUCAAAUUACGACAUACAUGGCAAUUUGGUGAUCCACAACAACAACAGACAAAAGUAGAAUGUAUUGAUCUUUUACCGGAAAUCAAUAUUAUGGCGGUGGCGUUGCACGGAUCAAAAUGCAUGUUCUACGAUAUCUCCAAGAAUUCUACCGAACCAAUUCAAGUUCUCAAAGGUGGUACACAUGCAUGGUUUGUACCAGAUUCUAUCUCCCUUAGUCGUGAUUAUUUUGCAGUCUCGGGACGAAAACCUUCUGCCGUUUUUGUGUGGAAAUGGAGAAAAGGAGUACGAUUAUCUAAUAAGGUAUGA